AUUUCAGUAGCCAUAAUACUCACUCAGCGGCAACAGGUAAUCGUGAUCGUAUCAUAAAAUAAUUUGUAUCGAUUUGUAAAUUGGUGUCUAUUGAUCGAAUUGUGAUUUAUUUCAUUGCAUUAAUUACUUGUAAAAGUUCAUCGAAUUAAAAAUAAGUGGAAGUUCUUUUGUCUUUCAUUUACGGGACUCUAUAAAUUUAAGAAGAUAUCUACUCAAUGAUAAAGAUUUAUCUACGGCAUCUUAAAUAGCAUAAACAUAACCUCGUACUUAUUAAUAGAUAAAAAUGAAUUUCGAUAAAGGACAUAUACGGCAUUGCAUGCUUUUUUGUUUUAAUCAAAAAAAGACUGUUGAGGAAGCAAAACGAAUCAUCUCGUCAACUUACGGAGAAAACGUUGUAUCCACCAAUAUUUGUAAGGCGUGGUUUAAAAGGUUUAAAAGUGGCGAAUUAGAUGUUAAUGAGAAACCACGUUUAAAAAUAUCGAAAAAAUUUAAGAAAAAUGAAUUCCGAAAAGUUUUUGAUAUAAAUCCACCUGAAAAAUUGGAAAAAUUUGCAAAUGAAUUUAGAGAUGAAAAUAAGUCAAUCGUUUCUCCAUGGUUAAAGCCAAUAGGUUUUGUGGUUCCAACAACGAAUAUUCAAAGGUCGAAAUCUAAUCAUCCUUCAAUUUCUAAAAUGAUUACUACUGCCAUUGAAGAAUUGAAAGAUCGUAAAGGCUCAUCGCUUCAAGCCAUUAAAAAAUAUAUUACAGCAAACUAUGAAGUUAAUGAUGAAAAAUUAAUACCUUUUAUAAAGAAAUAUUUAAAGACUGCAGUUUCUACUGGCACAAUUAUACAAACUACAGGAAAGGGAGACUUAGGAUAUUUUAAACUUUCAAUCAUGAAAAGCAGAGAUCCAAAGACGAAGAUACAUCCCGUUAUUAAGAAAAAGAAGACUGCCAAUAAAUCUAGCAAAAAAAGGAUAAUUGUAACUCCUAAGAUAGCAGUAGGUACUAACAAGAAAUCUAAAGUACUGACUAAGAAAGCUGAGUCUACUAAGAAACUUACAGAUCAAAAGAAGCCUAAAAUUCGUAUUUCUACAGCCGGUGCUGUUGCGGCUGCUGGUGUUACUAAAACAAAGAUUACAAAAAAAGCACCACAGCAAAAAAUAAAAAUUAAAAAGAUUAAGAUUAUCAAAAUACCAAUUAUCAGAAUGAAAGCUCCCAAAUCAAAGAGAACAAAGAAAUAAUCAUUUUUAAAAAGAUAUAUAAAUCAAUAACACAUAUACAUGAUAGCAAUAGCUGUUACUACAUGUACUGUACAAAAUUUUGUAAAUAAGUUAAAUGGAGGAAAAAAAAUAUAGAGCAUACUCAAUUACAAUUAAUACAACAAGAGACUGAUAGUAAUAAGUAAAAACAUAAGAAGUUUAGAUUAUAAAUAAUGUGCUUUUAUGUAAAUAGCCAUUCAUAAUUUGCCAAUGUCGAGGAAGUACAAAAAUGGUAAUUUCAUUGUCUUAAAAGAUAUACCAUUAUUUAGAAAUAUGAUGAAACAAUUAUGUGAGAAGUGACGGAAGCUUAUUGAAAGUGAUAACAGAUACAUAUUUUUUAUUAAAAUGAAUACAUAUUCUUUUAUACUGUUAAUUAAAUAAAUAUACAUAUUGAAAAAUUUGAUGUAAACUUUUGGAAGCACCUAAUAUUUCUAGGAUAAUAAAUCGAUAAUGUUAUAAAUGUUAAUCUAUAAAUUGCGAAAGAAUAUUUUAUAUGAUUAUAUUCGCGUUACGACAUAAAUAUUAUUUGUAUUAUUCUAAAGAUAAAAAAUCUAUUUCUACUACAAACAAAAAAAAAAAGAAAAAAACAACGAAAAGUCCAAGUAAAUAUAUUUUAUAUACAGGAAAGCGUCGAGAACUGUGCGCAUGUAAGGUAAUCAAUCGCGUUGCAGGAUCAUUUGACGAACAUUAUUUAAAACCGUAAUCCUGAUCUUCUAACCGCAAGUCUAGAGUCUGUACUAAGACAUAGACAUUAGAUUGGCAAAAGUAUAGAUCGAAUUAUUACGUGCGUUGUACGUGGACGGUAGUCGCGAAAAAAAAAUCUAUAGACAAAAUAACUAUAAUUAUCGAAAUUACGUUUAACAAAUUUAAAGGGGGGGGGGGAGAAAAAAGGAAAAAAAGAGAAAGAUAAAGAGGACGUAGACAGACGCAUAUAUGUAGAACAAGGAAUAUCUCGAGUGCAAGACAUUCUGGUUAAAUCUGAUUUUCUCUAUAUAUGGUUGAACAGAAAGUUUUCUACCCGCAAAUGUUCUGUUUGUGGAUAAAGAAGAAGAAGAAGAAGAAGAAAAGAAGAAGGGAUGAUUAUGGGGAAAGGGAAAUAAUGGACGCAACACAUACCACCUGCAUUCCUGACACGACCAAGGUGCCUCUCGGUUGCGUCCAUUUUUAUCUUUCCUGCAUACCGUUUCUCUUCAACCGAAAAAUUCGUUUCAACGCAUACAUAGAUAUACAUGUACAUAUUUGAAAACUUACUCAACUAUAUUGAUCGUAGAUACAAAAAAAAAAAAAGAACAAUAUUAUAUACACACACACACACAUGUACAGAUACAUAUAUACAUAAAUAGGACAGAACAUAUAGAAAAUGCCAUGUUUUAACGUAAAUAAAUAAUUCAAUGACUUUAAACUGAUCACCGCUGCGACGUAACAGUGAAUUCAUUGAGCGACGAAAUAUAAGAAAGUUCGAGCUCAUUGAAAAUACAAAACGGAUAGGCAGAUACGCGUGCCACUCCUAAUAGAACGUACUACAACGAUAUUGCAUCGAUAAGACGACCGGUUUAUUCAAACGAUGAGUUUGAUUAUCAUUAUUGUAGUCCGUGAACUUCGACACUUUAAAGAAUAAAAGAAAGAAAAAAAAAAUUUCUCAAUAAAAAUAUAUGUAUAAUAAAUUAAGCGUAUAUAUGGUAUAACAUACGUGUAUGUCCUAUAUUGGUAAGGACGUGCAUUUUAUUAUUUGAAUUUCUUAAUGAAAAUUUUAUAGACAUUUUUGCAAAAUUUUAUGAUUAUUUUUAAAAUUGCUUAUGAUGAACGUUAAAGAGAUAAAUAAGAAGAAUCAGUAUCAAAACAAUCAUAUCGUCAUCUUUCUAUUCGUAGAGCGUAUCGUAUCUAUUUAUCCUUCAAAGACGGUUAUAUAUGUAUUUCUUUUUUUUUUCUUUUUUUGAGAGAGAGAGAGAGAGAAAAGAAAACGGCAGGUUUGUGAACAUAGGUGAAAAAGGAACGCUUUUGUCGAGAGAAGGAGAACGAAGCCGGUUCGUGUCGUUGCUCACUCGGGAAGCUGUUUCUCGCGUGGACACGUAAA